ACAGCAAGUAUCACUUGCGACGGCAAAGAAUCGGUAGCAACAACCUUCAAUGCGCUGCCGAUCCCGAACUCUCUCCCCAUAAGCGCUUUCGCAACUAUAUCAUCACUGCUUGGUUCUUCUCCACGGGUGUGGGAAUAGUGCUUUUUUUAGCGGAGGUUAUCGUUGUUGCGUGGAUGCGAUUUAUCACUAUCUCACCCGCCACCGCUUGGGCCGUUACUAUCAUCGUAACGCCUUUACUGGUGCUGUUCACCUAUUUUGCCCGCCACUUCCACAACACUGUAAUCGAGUUGCAACUGGCCGUCCAUGACCAAGCUCUGACACAAGGGCUUCAAUCAGUAGGACAGCGCGAUGCAGAAUUGCAUGUCUGAGGAUUCGAAGACGUUGUAUAUACUGCAAAUGAGGAGUGCGGGUCACGGAAUCAGAUAGGUGCAUAUGAUUUCGAAACCGAUGCAGAAUUGCACUGAUGACGAGAGGGAAGCCCUUGUAUACGGCAAACGACAAACAACGGUCUCGGAGGCAGAUAUGUGUGCAUAUGAUGGCAAAAAGGAUGCAUAAUUAUAUGAAUGAAGACACGAACGUCGUCACGUACGACAAGCGACGAAAAGACAUCCUGAAAUCUGAUAUAUGUAAAUGUCGGCGAAAGCGAUGCUGAAUAGUACGUUUGAUGCACUAAAGCUUAACAACAUUCAAUAAUAUAGAAAAAUUUGGAUGCAAAAUAGUGCUUAUGACGGUGAAGUGAAUAAAACUCGACAUAAUAGCUUGAUCAUUGGGCCAGUGCAAUACAGAAUUUAAAUUUGAAAAUAAAAAUAUCGGCAGCAA